AUGGCUACUCGGCCCUCUAGCCGCGACGAAUUCGGGGUUGCCUUGGUUUGUGCAUUGCCGCUUGAAUACAAUGCCAUCUCAUUGCUCUUCGACGAGUUCUGGGAUGAAGACGAUGAUCGGUAUGGAAGGGCUAUUGGAGACCUAAACACUUACACCACUGGACGCUUCGGCAACUUCGACGUCGUCCUUGUUCUUUUACCAAAUACGGGGAACGUCAGUGCGGCUAGUGCGACGGCAAGCCUCCGGUCAAGCUACCCGGGUUUAAGGCUUGUCAUUUUAACUGGAAUCUGUGGGGGGGUGCCUUUUUCAGGCACGGGAGAUGAGAUUCUUCUUGGUGAUGUGAUCAUCAGCAGAACUGUGAUCCAAUAUGACUACGGCAGACAGUAUCCCGAUAACUUCAAAACAAGAGACACCACAGAGGAUAGCUUAGGUCGGCCGAACAAGGAUAUCCGUAGUCUUAUCACCUUCCUUGAGACGGAGCGUGCACGAGAGCGACUUGAGACACGAGCUACCGACUUCCUCAAACAGAUUCAGGAUCUUCCUCCCAAAGGGAGUCGGUGGCGAGCAGAUAUCUACAAAUAUCCCGGAACUCGCAGCGAUAGGUUGUUCGAGGCGAACUACCGCCAUAAGCAUUAUUUUUCGUCACAAUGCAUCUGCGCGAAGUGCCACGAAAUGGAAGAUGCUGUCUGCGAGGGAUCUCGAGACUUGGCGUGCGAUGUAGUGGGGUGCGAUGAUCAACAUAUGAUCAAGCGAAAGCGUCUUGAGACGAAUCGAGCGUCCAAACAGCAAAGCUUUGGGGAAGAAUUUCAGACACCGUCCAUCUUCAUUGGACGAGUCGGCUCAAGUAAUAGAGUGGUCAAAUCGGGCAAGCACCGUGAUGAGAUCGCCAAGCAUUACGAUGUCCUGGCGUUUGAAACGGAGGCGGCUGGAGUCUGGGAUGAGCUUCCAUGCAUCAUUGUCAAGGGCGUCAGUAAUUACGCAGACGGCCACGGGAACAAACAUUGGCAGGAUUUCGCAGCUGCAACGGCCGCGUGUGUCGCUAAAGCUCUGGUGGAACAAUAUCCAAAAACAGACAAG